CAUUUUCUUUUUCAUACCACUGGCAAAAAGGAAUUAUAAGGUCGUACUGGCCGUUUUGUGGUAACAUUUGGACGAAAGUUGCUAAAUUAAUUUAUAUUUAACAGUAAAAGAAAUUUUAAGUAAAAUGAUCACUGCUGUGUCGCGCACCUACUUACGUGCCAGUACCCAAGCAGUAUGUAAUAGCUUAAAACCCGCUGUUAUUGCAACAACGCAAGGUAAGAAGACAAAUGCCACCGUCACUGAGGACAAGACAGCACCUUGUGCCAAUACCAAAGCUACUGUUGGACUUCAAACAACUCAGCAAGUUCGUUGUUUGCACAGUGAUUUGCAAGUUCCAGACUUCUCUCCUUACCGUCGCGACUCUGUGAAUAAUGCAAAACGCAAGAAUGAUUCUGAAGAAAGUCGCAAAGCCUUUUCCUAUAUGAUGGUGGGUGGAGCUGCAGUGGGUACUGCUUAUGCUGCCAAAGGUCUCGUAAAUGCUUUUGUAGGCUCAAUGAGUGCAUCAGCUGAUGUAUUGGCUAUGGCAAAAAUUGAAAUUAAAUUAUCAGAUAUUCCUGAAGGAAAAUCUGUGACUUUCAAAUGGCGUGGAAAGCCUCUUUUUAUUCGCCAUCGUUCGGAAGGUGAAAUAUCCACUGAACGCAACGUACCAGUAUCUUCAUUACGUGAUCCAGAAAGUGAUGAUCAACGUGUUAAAAAACCUGAAUGGUUGGUUGUCAUUGGUGUCUGCACACAUUUAGGUUGUGUACCAAUUGCCAAUGCUGGAGAUUUUGGUGGUUAUUAUUGUCCUUGUCACGGCUCACAUUAUGAUGCAUCUGGUCGCAUACGGAAAGGUCCAGCCCCUCUGAAUUUAGAAGUACCAGCAUAUGAAUUCCCUGAUGAAGGCACUUUAGUCGUUGGUUAAGUGUUAAAAUAAAUAUGUAGUAAAAUAUAUAGUCAACUGCAAACAAAAACGAGGAAAACCAUUUACUAAAAAUUACGAAUAUAUGAGAGACUAUGUUCUUUAAAUAAUA